CUGGAACUACAAAUCCCAGCGACCCCCGCGGCUCGGGCCGGAAGUGCUGUCCGACGGCAGCGACGGUGAGAGCGGCGGCCCGGCGGCGGGAGAUUCAAACCUGGAAGGAGGAGGAACAUGGAGCGGCGGAGAGCGGGCGCCGACGCCGCGCUGUACGAACGCCUCACAGCUGAGGAAAUGGAUGAGCAGAGGCGGCAGAAUGUUGCCUAUCAGUACCUGUGUCGGCUGGAGGAAGCCAAGCGCUGGAUGGAGGCCUGCCUGAAGGAGGAGCUUCCUUCGCCAGUGGAGCUGGAGGAAAGCCUCCGGAACGGAGUGCUGCUGGCCAAGCUGGGCCACUGUUUUGUGCCCGCCGUGGUCCCCUGGAAGAAGAUCUAUGACGUGGAGCAGCUGCGGUACCAGGCAACCGGCUUGCACUUCCGGCAUACAGACAACAUCAACUUUUGGCUGUCUGCGAUAGCCCACAUCGGCCUGCCUUCGACCUUCUUCCCAGAGACCACAGACAUCUACGACAAGAAAAACAUGCCCCGGGCGAUCUACUGCAUCCAUGCGCUCAGUCUCUUCCUCUUCCGGCUGGGACUGGCCCCUCAGAUACAUGAUCUGUAUGGGAAAGUGAAAUUCUCAGCCGAGGAACUCAGCAACAUGGCCUCGGAACUGGCCAAAUACGGCCUCCAGCUGCCUGCCUUCAGCAAGAUCGGGGGCAUUCUGGCCAAUGAGCUGUCGGUGGAUGAGGCUGCAGUCCACGCAGCUGUCCUUGCCAUCAACGAGGCAGUGGAGCGAGGGGUGGUCGAGGACACCCUGGCUGCUUUGCAGAAUCCCAGUGCUCUCCUGGUGAAUCUUCGAGAGCCUCUGGCGGCCAUCUACCAGGAGCUGCUGGCCCAGGCCAAGGCGGAGAAGGCCGCCAGUGCCCAGACCCGCGGUGGCGGAGAAAGCCGGGAUGUCUAUGACUGCUUCCUGACUCAGGCUGAGAUCCAAGGCAACAUCAACCACGUCAACGUCCAUGGGGCUCUAGAAGGUGUUGAUGAUGCGCUAGAAAGACAGAGCCCUGACGCUUUGCUGGAGGCCCUUCUGGACCCUGCGCUGGCCCUGCGAGGGGUCAGGAGAGACUUUGCUGACUGGUACUUGGAACAGCUGAGCUCAGACAGAGAACAGAAAGCACAGGAGCUGGGCCUGCUGGAUCUUCUGGAAAAGGAGGAGGUCCAGGCCGGUGUGGCUGCAGCCAACGUGAAGGGUGAUCUGGAACACGCCAUGCUCGAGGCCGUGGGCAGGAUCAACAGAGCCAUCCAGAGGGGAGGGGCAGCUGCUACCGUGAAGGAGCUGAUGUGCCCCGAAGCCCAGCUGCCUCCGGUGCACCCCUGCGCCCCGGCUGUGUACCAGCAGGAGCUGACGGCGCUCCAGCAGCAGCGGGGAGGGGAGCUCGGCCACGAGGAGCUGUUUGUGGCGGUGGAGAUGCUGUCAGCCGUGGUCCUGAUCGACCAGGCCCUGGAGGCCGGGGACGUUGGUGGCUUCUGGCGCAGUCUGGUGAACCCCGCCACGGGCCUGGCCGAGGUGGAAGGAGAGAACGCUCAGCGUUACUUUGAUGCCCUGGCUGAGCUGCGACGUGCACUGGACGGAGCCGUCUUGAGCUGGAACGACCUGCAGGCCACCGUGCACCGGGUCAACGCCCAGGUCCAGGAAGAGACUGACCAGGUCCUCGCGGUCAGCCUCAUCAACGAGGCUCUGGACCAGGGCAGCCCUGAGAAGACUCUAUCUGCCCUCCUGCUUCCCUCGGCUGGCCUGGACGACAUCAGCCUUCCUGUCGCCCCUCGGUACCACUUCCUCCUCGUGGCGGCCAAGAGGCAGAAGGCCCAGGCGACGGGGGACCCCGGAGCAGUGUUGUGGCUGGAAGAGAUCCGCCAGGGCGUGGUUAGAGCCAACCAGGACACAGACGCUGCACAGAGAAUGGCUCUCGGUGUGGCCGCCAUCAAUCAGGCCAUCAAGGAGGGCAAGGCAGCCCAGACGGAGCGGGUGUUGAGGAACCCCGCCGUGGCUCUCCGAGGGGUGGUUCCCAACUGUGCUGACAGCUACCAGCGGGUCCUGGAAGAUGCCAUGGCAAAGAAACAGCAGCCCGGAGACAUUGCGCUCUGGGUCCGACACAACAUGAAGGACGGCUCCGCCUACUACUUUCACCUGCAGACCUUCCAGGGGACCUGGGAGCGGCCCUCCGGCUGCCGCCUGAAUACGUCCCACCUGACUCGGGAGGAGAUCCAGUCAGCUGUCACCAAGGUCACCACUGCCCACGACCGCCAGCAGCUCUGGAAGGCCAACGUCGGCUUUGUCAUCCAGCUCCAGGCCCGCCUGCGCGGCUUCCUGGUCCGGCAGAAGUUUGCGGAGCGCUCGCACUUUCUGAGGACCUGGCUGCCGGCGGUCAUCAAGAUCCAGGCUCACUGGCGGGGUUACAGGCAGCGGAAGGCGUACCUGGAGCGGCGGCGGUAUUUCAGAGCAAACUCGGAUGCUGUAAUCAAGAUCCAGGCCUGGGCCCGGAUGUGGGCAGCUCGGAGGCGAUACCAGAGACGUCUGGGAUACUUCCAAAAGAAUGUUGAGUCCGUUGUGAAGAUCCAGGCGUUUUUCCGCGCCCAGAAGGCCCGGGAUGACUACAGGAUGUUAGUCCACGCACCGCAUCCUCCUCUCCGCGUGGUAUGCAGAUUUGCCCACCUCUUGAAUCAAAGCCAGGAGGACUUCCUGGCUGAGGCCGAGCUGCUGAAGCUCCAGGAAGAGGUGGUCCGGAAGAUCCGGUCCAAUCAGCAGCUGCAGCAGGACCUCAACCUCAUGGACAUCAAGAUCGGCCUGCUGGUAAAGAACCGGAUCACCCUGCAGGAAGUGGUCUCCCACUUCAAGAAGCUGACCAAGAAGAACAAGGAGCAGCUGUCGGGCAUGAUGGUUCUGGACAAGCAGAAGGGACUGAAGUCGCUGAGCAAAGAGAAAAGGCAGAAGCUAGAAGCUUACCAACACCUCUUCUACCUGCUCCAGACUCAACCGACCUACCUGGCCAGGCUGAUCUUUCACAUGCCACAGAAUGAGACCAGCAGGUUCGUGGAGCCCGUGGUCUUCAGCCUGUACAACUACGCCUCCGACUGCCGCGGGGCCUACCUGCUGCUCCAGCUGUUCAAGACCGCGCUCCAGGAGGAGGUCAGGUCAAAGGUGGAGCGGCCCCAGGACAUGGUGACCGGCAGCCCCACGGUGGUGAGGCUGGUGGUGAGAUUCUACCGGAACGGGCGGGGCCAGAGCGCCCUGCGGGAGAUCCUGGGCAGAGUCAUCCGGGAUGUGCUGGAGGACAAGACGCUGAGCGUCCGCACAGACCCCGUUCACCUCUACAGGAGCUGGGUCAACCAGAGCGAGGCCCAGACCGGACAGCGCAGCCACCUCCCCUAUGAUGUCACCCCAGAGCAGGCCUUGAGCCACCCCGAGGUCCAGAGACGCCUGGACAUCUCGCUCCGCAGCCUCCUCGCCAUGACCGACAAGUUCCUCGUGGCCAUCAUGUCCUCUGUGGACCAGAUUCCGUAUGGGAUGCGGUAUGUGGCCAAGGUUCUGAAGACCGCUUUGGCAGAGAAGUUCCCUGAUGCCUCGGAGAACGAGGUCUACAAGGUGGUCGGGAACCUCCUGUACUACCGCUUCCUGAACCCAGCCAUCGUGGCCCCCGACGCCUUCGACAUCGUGGCCGUGGCAGCGGGUGGCGCCCUGGCCACCUCCCAGCGCCACGCGCUCGGGGCUGUGGCUCAGGUCCUGCAGCAUGCUGCCACAGGCAAGGCCUUCUCUGGGGAGAGCCAGCACCUGCAGGUCUUGAAUGACUACCUGGAGGAGACACACCUCAAGUUCAGGAGGUUCCUGUGCCGAGCCUGCCAGGUCCCGGAGCCAGAAGAGCGCUUUGCGAUGGACGAGUACUCGGACAUGGUGUCUGUGGCCAAGCCCGUGGUGUACAUCACCGUCGGGGAGCUAGUCAACAUGCACAGGCUGCUGCUGGAGCACCAGGACUGGGUCGCCCCCGACCACGGUGACCCCCUGCACGAGCUCCUGGAGGACCUCGGGGAGCUGCCCACCAUCCCCGACCUCAUCGGGGAGGGCAUGGCUGCAGCUGGGAGCCCAGACCUGAGCAAGCUGGAGGUGUCCUUGACGCUCGCCAACAAGUUUGAAGGGCUGGAGACGGACGCCGGGGACACCAGUGCCCAGAGCCUGCUUCUGAGCACCAAGCAGAUGCUGGCCGACAUCAUGCAGUUCCAGCCUGGGGACUCCCUGGAGGAGAUACUAUCCCUCCCCACAUCCAGAGAGCAGGAAGCGGCCCAUAAGCGGCUGAUGUGCCAGCGCCAGGCCUGCGAGAGCCAGACCCCGGAGCCCCUGCGCCGGCACCGCUCGCUGACUGCGCACGCCCUCCUGCCACUGGCAGACAAGCGACGGCGCGUCCUGCGGAACCUGCGCCGGCUGGAGGGCCUGGGGCUGGUCAAUGCCUGCGACGGCUACCAGGCGCUGGUGGACGGACUGGCCAAGGACAUCCUCAACCAGCGCAGGCAGCGGCAGCGGCGGAAGGCAGAGCUGGGCAAGCUGCAGGCCACGCUCCAGGGCCUGGACGCCAAGACGGCCUUCUACCAGGAGCAGGACGACUACUAUAGCCAGUACAUCCGGACCUGCCUGGGCCACCUGGGCCCCCGCUCCAGCAGGAGUUCUGGGAAAGGGAAGAAGCAGCCGUCGCUCCGUUACACGGCCGCCCAGCUCCUGGAGAAGGGUGUCCUGGUGGAGAUUGACCAUCUUCCCACCUCUCACUUCAGAAACGUGAUCUUUGACAUCACCCCUGGAGACGAGGCAGGAAAGUUCGAAGUAAACGCCAAGUUCCUGGGUGUGGACAUGGAGCGGUUUCAGCUUCACUACCAGGACCUCCUGCAACUCCAGUACGAAGGUGUAGCCAUAAUGAAACUCUUCAACAAGGCCAAGGUCAACGUCAACCUUCUCAUCUUCCUCCUCAACAAGAAACUUCUGCGGCAGUGACGGAGGCAGUGGGCUCCUGAGGCCCUCCUACCCUGCUGGCUGCUUGUCUCCAUACUCGCCACUCCGUGCUUCCCUGCGGACCCUCCAGGGUGCAGGACGGGGAGUCCCUCCCCUCCGCCAGCUCGGAAGAGCUUGCCCACCUGGCCACAGAUAGGGUGUCCAGCUAAUGGGAGCCUCGCCCCAGAGUCUGGCUGUGUGGCUAAGAACCACCACCACCACCACCCCACCCCUCCCCAUCACCACCACCCCACCUCCCCCAUCUCCCACCAGUAGGGCAUGAAGCGGGGGCCUGCCCUUUGGCAGGGAAGGCUGGUGCUCUCGUUUCUGCUGCUGCCCUCCAGUGGUCACCCCAGCAUGACACGUGCUGCACGGGCGACUUCCCUCCGCCUCCCUUCUCCCUGCACACGCCCAAGCCAGGGCCAGGCGCCCUCUCCUUCCUUCCGCUUCAAGGGCAGUGGGUGCUCUGGCCCCGCUGUCCUCGGGCCGCUGUGCUGCUGAGACGCCACACGCCCUCCAGCCCCUGCCCUCGCUCCCAGGACGGGCAGCAGUGCUGGCCUUGGUGGCAGCUUGGUCGGAAUGACCCCGUCAGCCUCAGAUCUCAUUGCCUUGCGGAUGGUCUGUUUGGUCCGUGGGCCCCUCGGGUAUUUAUUCUCCCCCAGCACGCACCGUGCAUCACUCUGCGGCUUUCAUCCUUUUACCUUCAUCCUUUUACCUUCUUGAGCUCAGAGUUGUCGUUUCCCAUAAUCACACUAACAGUCCUGCCAGCGCCUCACGGCGUGUGCGUCAGGUGCCUUGGGUCAGGACCAGGAAGGGCCCCCUGCGCACUGAAGAUUCAGUCGGUCCACUUCCUAUGGUACAGGGAGCGUCUCUCCCUCUCCGGACUCCGGCCUGAGAGUCGGCUGUCUUCUGCGCAGUUUCAGUCCUUGUGCAUUCUUGUCCCCACAUCCACCCGACUUCCUGUCCCUCUGCCCCUGAUGGCAUUUGAAUAAAAGCAGCUAUCACCCCACCUCUGCUGUUAACCCUUCAUUUUGUGCAGAGCAGGCCCCCAAGUUCUGGGACAGCUGCUCCCUGAGCACGCAGGGGUGUCCUCCCUGCAGCCCCCGCGCCCGCCUGCCUCCCACAUGGGCCACUCUGCCUGCCUGCGCUCAAUGCUUCCCGAGAUGUGGCCUGUCCGCCUGUGUCCACUCCCCCAGGGGACAGAGACGAGGAAGGAAUUUAGGUUUCGAUGCACAGUGGCCGCACUCCGAAGACUAAAGCCGAGAGGAGAACCCAGUCUGAGUUCCGCCCGCCCUGCCCUGCCCUCAUUUCCAGCAGGUGCUUCCCCUCCCCGGCCAGGCGACACCAGAGGUGCUCUUGCCGCUGCUCCUUACUGUACCAUAGCUUCUGCACUCUGAUCAAAACCCCCUUUCUGGGGCGCCUGGGGGGUGCAGUUGUUAAGCCAGGACGUGAUCCCGGCGUUCUGGGAUCGAGCCCCACAUCAGGCUCCUCUGCUAUGAGCCUGCUUCUUCCUCUCCCACUCCCCCUGCUUGU